AUGAUUUCUAAAGCUCCGUUGAGAAUACUAAGGGCAAGGAGCCUACUGUCUCCUAAUUUUAUGAUUGCUAAACGCUUGAUCAACAGUUCAAGUGUUAGAUUUGAAGAAAAAGAGACUGAAAAAACAAAAGACAUUGAAACAAAAGUUCAGAAGAAGAGAAGACCGUUGAGCCGUGUAGCUAUCGGAGGUAACCUGGAUAGUAAUAAGCGUUACGCAUCGACUAAUAUUGAAUUCAGUUCUUGGAAGGCUGUCGUGUUGUUAAUUGUAGCAGGUGGUGCAUUUACAUAUUGGUUCAAUAGAGAGAAAGAAAGAUUAAGACUUCAGAAGGAGGUCGAAUCGAAAAGGGGAUAUGGUAAACCAUUGGUAGGAGGUGCAUUUAGCUUGGUAGAUACCGAGGGGAAGCCUUUUACGGAACAAAAUUUAGUGAAUAACGAAAAGAAAUUCUCGAUUAUCUACUUCGGUUUUACUCAUUGUCCUGAUGUUUGUCCUGAAGAGUUGGAUAAGCUCGGAGAAAUGUUGACAACUCUCAAGAAUAAGGACGGCAUCGAGUUGCAGCCUAUUUUUAUUACUUGUGACCCUGCUAGAGAUACUCCAGAUGUCAUAAAAACGUACUUGGAGGAUUUUGAUCCCUCCAUCAUUGGUUUGACAGGAUCAUAUGAGAACGUGAAGAAUGCCUGUAAAAAGUAUAGGGUUUAUUUUUCGACGCCUCCUGACGUAAAACCCGGUCAAGACUACUUGGUCGAUCACUCAAUUUUCUUCUAUUUAAUGGACUCAGAAGGAAACUUUGUUGAUGUCAUUGGAAGAGACGCAAGUGCAGAAGUGGGUUGUGACAAGGUUAGAAAGCAAGUAGAUGCAUUUAUUCCGCAAGCUGAAAGAGAUGCGAGAAAUCAGUCUUGGUUAAGUUUUCUUUACAAAUAG